UCUCGAUGCAGAUGCUGCACGCGCGCGAGAGAGGAUGUGUGCUUUUCUGAGGGAGACCGAAAGUCGUGUAUAAUUUUGGGAUUUAAGUCGUAUAUCUCGUAUAAUUUGGGAUAUUUAUGAUUAAUUUAUUUUUUUUAAACACUAUAUGGAUGCGGUAAUGAUGGUUCUUCGUGUCGGGAUUUCCUUUCUGUGCCUCUUUGUAGCGGUGAUGAGCUCUGUGGUACAUGUCAACAUCUCCCUUCCUCAUUACGGAGACGCCUGGGUAAAGACGAGGACUCCGCGUGAUGACGGCAGGUUCCUCGGGAGAGAUAACUCGGUACCGGUCCGGUUAGUGUACCGAAUGGACGGAGAUAGUCAGACCGCUCAUGAUGUUAUGAACACAAGGGUUCGAAUGAGCUCUGACAGUAAACAGAAUCAUAUGGCCCAGGCUAGUUUCCAGGUGCAGGCAUUUGGGCAGACCUUCAUUUUAGACGUGGAACUGAACCAUGAUCUUCUAUCAUCAAAUUACAUUGAGAGGCACAUAUCAGAGGAGGGAAAGUCAGUCAUCACCAAACAGGGUGGAGAACAUUGUUAUUACCAUGGGAAAGUACGUGAUAUUCCGAAGUCAUAUGUGGCACUCUCAACUUGCCAUGGAUUACAUGGAUUGUUCUUUGAUGGGAAUCACACAUACAUGAUUGAACCAGGAGGAGAGAAUAAUAAGAGUGAGGAUGGUCAUGUGCACAUGAUUUAUCAGUCUCCUGGUUUUGAACCCCCUGAGGACUUUAUUUCUGCUGUUCCUCUGGCAGAGUCACCAUUCCAGAACCCUCCACUGUCCAGAACAGCUCACAGGAGGAAAAAGAGACAGAUAUCUCUAAAUCCUAGGAGUGUUGCAGACGAGACCAAGUAUAUUGAACUGAUGGUUAUAAAUGAUCAUUUGAUGUACAAGAAGCAUCGCCUUUCCAUUGGACAAACAAAUAACUAUGCCAAGUCUGUUGUAAAUAUGGCUGAUCUGUACUUCAAAGAGCAACUCAACACUAGAAUUGUCUUGGUUGCUAUGGAAACAUGGGCAGCAGACAACAGGUUUAACAUCAACGAUGACCCCAUGGUAACAUUACGAGAGUUUAUGAAGUACCGAAGAGACUUUAUCAAAGAAAAGAGCGACUCCGUUCACCUCUUCUCGGGCAACCGUUUCCAUAGCAACUGGGGAGGAGCCUCUUAUAUGGAUGGAGUCUGCUCCCUCACUAAAGGAGGCGGAGUCAAUGAGUAUGGAAAGACUGAGGAAAUGGCCAUAACUCUCGCUCAGUCACUGGGACAAAACAUCGGCAUCUUUUCUGAUAAGAAGCGUAUUUUAAAUGGGGAGUGCAAGUGUGAAGAUAAAUGGUCUGGCUGCAUAAUGGAUGAUGUUGGCUUCUACUUGCCCAAGAGAUUUUCUGACUGUAAUGUGGAAGAGUAUCAUGAUUUCCUCAACAGUGGAGGUGGUGUCUGUCUCUUCAACAAGCCCUCUAAGCUCUUGGAUCCUCCAGAGUGUGGUAAUGGUUUUGUGGAGGCAGGGGAGGAGUGUGACUGUGGAAGCCCUGCUGAGUGUGCUAUAGAAGGAGAGGACUGCUGUAAAAAAUGCAUGCUGACUCAGGGAGCCAAAUGCAGUGAUGGUCUCUGCUGUAAGAACUGCCAGCUGGAAUUUAUGGGUGUCCUCUGUCGUGAGUCUGUCAAUGACUGUGACAUACCUGAGAUGUGCACUGGGAACUCUAGCCAGUGUCCCUCAAACCUACACAAGAUGGAUGGAUACACCUGUGAGAAAGACCAGGGACGAUGUUUCAAUGGCAGGUGCAAAACCAAGGACAGGCAGUGCAAGUACCUCUGGGGAGAGAAAGCAACAUCGGCCAAUAAAUUCUGCUAUGAGAAACUCAACAUUGAGGGGACAGAGAAGGGCAACUGCGGACGUGACAAAGACACCUGGAUUCAGUGCAAAAAACAGGAUGUACACUGUGGAUAUCUGCUGUGCUCCAACAUUUCUCCAGCCCCUAGACUAGGAGAGUUGCAGGGAGGUUUGACCUCGUUCUCUGUGGCUCAGCACAGCGCCUCAAUGGACUGCAGUGGAGGACAUGUGCUGAUUGACGGGGACUCUGAUCUGGGUUACGUGGAGGAUGGAACUGCGUGUGGGACAGAUCGGAUCUGCUUCAACCACAAAUGCCUUCCAGUGCAGGAAUUCAACUUCAGCACUUGUCCUGGCACUAACGAAAGGUUGAUCUGCUCAGGACAUGGGGUGUGCAGUAAUGAGCUCAGGUGUGUGUGUGACCUGGGCUGGGCAGGUGAAGACUGUAACUCCACCUCUAGUUUGAGUUAUCUGCUGGUGCGACCUACAGCCAAAACAUCAGGGAGUAUGACUACUAACAUCAUCAUCGGGGCCAUUGCAGGCUCUAUCCUGGUCCUCGCACUAAUUCUAGGCAUUUCCGCAUGGGGAUACAAGAGCUACAGACAGCAUCAGAAUGUUGAAUCUGAAGUGCAAAGAAGAUUCUGUCGGCAAAUGCCGCCCGGGGAUUACGUGAAGAAGCCAGGAGACGCUGAUUCUCUCUACAGUGACAUGCCUCAAGGCGUGAGCUCCAACUCCGGAAGCAGCUCCAAGAAGAGGUCUGCUUACCUGUCUCACCUCCAGAUCAACACUUGCUCUUUCACCCCAUCUAUCCCCUCCAUCAGCCAAAACAUCUCUCUGUUCGGCUUCAGAUCUAACGGGCUGUCGCACUCUUGGAGUGAAAGAAUCCCAGACGCCAAGCACAUUUCUGACGUCUGUGAAAACGGACGACCCAGGAGCAACUCAUGGCAAGGAAACAUCACAGGCACCCGUAGGAAGCUCAAGGGAAAGAAAUUCCGUCCACGUUCCAACUCCACAGAGACACUGUCACCGGCCAAAUCACCAACUUCUUCAACGGGCUCCAUUGCCUCCAGCCGGAAAUACCCCUACCCCAUGCCUCCACUCCCAGAUGAGCAGAGGAAGGCCAAUAGACAGAGUGCCAGGCUGUGGGAAACAUCAAUAUAAAAAAACUCUGUGAGGAUUUUCAUCUGCUUUUGUAUGAAUGAGAAAAUUUAAAACCAAUAAGAAAAUAUGGAACUAAAAUGGAGAAACAGAAAAAAAGGGACAAGUGAGUGGAAAUGUUGGGUGUGGUCUCCUCCGAUGUCUGUUCAGUGUUUGUGGUGUGAAGCCGUCUCACCGUGGAUGUUGAAGAGCACGAUAUUACAUUCCCAUUUCUGCUGUCAUUUUAAUAAGGACUCAGGAACAUUACUUCAUCACGAAACAAACCCGAAGUGGCAUCUGUGCUGAACAGAUACACAGGCAUCAACAGCCACUCAUGCCCUCAGUUAACCCUGCCCUCUUGUGACCCAUGGCCUGCCCAGCCUCCAAACACACAUGCCAUCUUAUGAUUGGUGCCGUAAUUGCCCAGGUGGAUAUAAGAGCAGGAAGUAACUUUUGUUUUGAAAGCACGCUGUCACUGUAGAACCUACUGCUGUAUGCAUGAGAAAACAUGUUUAUCGAUUCCUUGUAGUGUAAUAAUGUAAAAAUGUUUGAAGAUAUUUCACUCAAGGGGGCCGCAUGUAUUGGAGGACAGCUCUGUAGGCUGGUGAGUUCAUGUUCAUGUUUUAAACAUCCUUCCAAGUUCUCAUCACAGUUCCUACAGUCAAAUUUUCUCAGCGAAUUUUGUACAUAAGUCAUAUAAUCCAAAAACACCAACUGAAAUGGGAGAUUGUAGUAUUUUUCGGUUUACAUGUUUUGUUGUGGAGAGCGAGGCAGAAUUGUUUUCUGUUUUAGAGAGUUUGUCCUGUGAUUGUCUUCCAAAAUUUCCAACAUUCAUCUUAAAUCCCCUUAAGCCUAGCAGACCUAGACAGAAAUUGAGUAAAAAGCCAAUCAACUUUCUUUAGUGUGUGCACUUCCAUCAUGUUCCAAUUCAGAUUUUGUUGUCACAGAUGAUAUGAUAAAAGUCUUCAGAAAAAAAAAAAGAAAAAAAAAAAAAAAAAACUUGUUUGACAUCUCACCGGUCAGUUUCGAAAGAGCUGCUAUGAGCAACAGCAAACUUUUCUAUUUCCAUUCAAUGCAAAAAUGAUUAAAAAGAUAUUCCAGUUUCAUUGACAGCUUUUUUGUGGCAUAUUGUUGAUUACCACAAAACAAAGUAUUCUGAUUUGUCACUCCUUUUCUUUAAAAAAAAAAAAAAAAGCAAAAAUGGAGGUUAAAAUGAGGCACUUACAAUGGAAGUGAAUGGGGCCAAUUUUUGAGGGUUUGAGAGGAAUAAAUGUGAAGUUUAUAAUUUAAAAAAAACACAUUCAUUCUUCUGUUAAAAGUUGUUAUUUGAGCCGUAAAGUUGAUUAAAUCAUAAUUUUUACAGUUGUUUAGGGUUUACAGAGUUGUAAAAUUGGAUAACAUUACACAGAAAAUGUUACUUAGCAUUUCUUUUGCACUAAAAUCACACUAGAAUUAUAUUGUUUACAUUUUGUGGCUAUACUUUUGAAACCAUGAGUAUUUUAACCAGGGACUAAAACGGUUCAAGGUACGAAAACCAAAAGUGAACAAAUGUUUUUGCAGAACGUAACUGAAAAUGAGAACAAAGUCAUUUUCAGUUGUUCCGAUAAUUCUGAUAAUUAAACUAAGGACUAAAGGGUUAUCACAGUACAUUUUUUUAAACUACACCACUUCAUGUUGCCCGAAAUUUUUUUUUAUUAAAAAUGAAAUGUGCUUUGAUCCUGAAGGAAACUGAUGCAUCACACAUUUCUUUGCCUUAUCGCCUGUUGUGGCGAUUAAAUGUACAUGCACAUUUAAUCCAGAUAAAAGGAAACCACUAUUGAAGGUAAAAUGUACAUUGCUCAGUGGUUUCCAAGUCUUCACUGAAUUAUUGUUUGAUUUUAUGCAUUAAUACAGUUUUGAUGUGGUGGUUUUGACUGAGAAGCAGAUCUAUAAUUAAAAUGAUACUGAACUGUUAAUUAACUGUAUGUUUUCUGUGCUGAAAAAUUCACAAACCAGGAAAAAAACUUAUUGCUUUUUCCCCACUUAUUUUGGUGAGAAAAGGGGCUUAUUUUGGGCUUGUUUUUCCAGACCAGGUCACUUGUUUCUUUUGCUAGGUCUGGCAACACUACAAUUGAUAUUUCACCGACUGUGCUGUCAUUUUAAAAAGUACGUUAUUAACAGUUCUUUUAUUUUGUUAUAACGAUUACCAUUUUGAAAAACCUUUUGUUUUUAGUCCCUGAUUUUAACGUUAACGGAUUGACCCCAUUCACUUCCAUUGUAAGUGCCUUACUGUAACAUUGAUUUUUGCUUUUUUGUAAGAACAGGGGGGACAAGUCAAUACAUUUUUUAGCAAUCCACAUUAUGCCACAAAUGCUGUCGACUGAGCUUCACUUGUAUUGAACCCGGAAUAUUUCCUUAACAUGUCAAGUAUAAACUCAUAAAUAAACUCGUAUACUCAUAAUAAUAUCACAGGAUUGCAAAAUAAGAAAUCGUGUUUCAGAAAAAUAAAUGAAAAAAGUAUUAUGAUUUUUCCAAAGUUAGAGUCCUAACUCAAACCUAAAACAUAAAGUCCAACCCCUUACCCAAACUCUAAACCUAACCAUCAAAAAUAAGUUUAGUUUACCAUAGAAAACGUUUGUGUAUGAAUGAGACGAGGGAUAUUUAUAGUUCACAGAUAUUUUCUUUCUUAAAACAUGAUAGGAGGCUUGCUAAAAUGUAAUGCCUAUAUCAUAAUGAUCUCAAAUUAUGUUUGUUGAUUGGUCAGUCUCUAUGGGAACAAAAGUCGUUUGAUAUUUUACGGUUUUGCCAUCUCGUACAAAUUAUUACAAGUUGUCAUUAGACAACUUCAGGACCAGUCUGGGAGAAGAACGACCUUGUAACUGAUGCAGCUACAGUAGCUUGCGAUUAGUUGCGUCAGGUCCACACCUUAUCUGUGACAACAUGACUGAAAACAAGAAAUAUGCGCAGGGUGAAGAACUUUUGUCAUGUAACGUGCACAAGGCCUUAGUUUGUUUGAAAGAGUUUAUUUUCCCUCAUGCUCACAGCAGAAUGUAAUCAUUUCAUUUUUUCAUCAUCUCACAUCAUUUAUAAUUCUCUCGUAAGCGUAAGGAAUGUGAUUUUAGCUGAUUGUUUAAGGUGCUUUGCUUAUUGUGAAACAUGCUGCAUUGUCAUGGAAAUGACAAUUAAUUUUUAGAUUUCUGAUGAAGAGGAACAAUUUUACAUACACAGAACAUGAAGUUAACAAUAAUUACAAGAAUUCAAGAAAAUGAAGUAGAAUUUGGCAAAUCAUGGUUUGUAAUAUAUUAUAGUACAGAUGAAAAUACCGUUCACAAAAACUAAACCUGGAGAUUAGUAAAUGUAAAACGUAAAAUGUUUCCUCUUUUUGUUUUUUUUGUUUUUUUUGAAAGGGGCCGCUUUCAUUAAACUUGAACAGAAUGAAUUUCAGUUAAAGUUCAUAAUUGCUCGUAAAACUAUUCUUCGUCCACAGAAAUGUGUUUCAUGAUUGAUGCCCAUUACUUGGUAGACAUAUUUGCCUUUUGUUUACAGCUUGACACUCUUUUACACUGAGAAACAUAAAACUUGGUCACAUGACCAUUCAGCCUUGAUAGAUUACUUCUGCAUUCAGUAUUGUAUUAGUAAUGGUAGGUUUCAUCUGUACAUAGCCUGCUGUGCGUUUAAUCUGUCUGCACUGAUUUUUUGCACUCUGCCUGUAACCCACAAGUAACAUCAGAUAUUGCCAUGAUGCAUAUGAAAUAUUUUUAAGCUAACUUUGUAAAGUCUUUUCCUCCCCAGUAUUAUUACAUGUACAUAUUUAAUCCCAAAAACAAUUAAGUGCUUUAGAAUGACUUACUAAUUACUACUGCAAUAGGUUUUUGUGCAAACCUAUUGAGGUUUAGCAAAAAUAUUUUGUAUUGUUUGGUAAAACCAUGUGAAUCACUGCUGACCUGUUUAUGUGUUUGUAGCUGCAGUUUACAUGCAGAAAUGCAUUCAAUGCCAUUGGAAUUUCUUCAUUUAAUUAAGGCCAAAAUAACUGACCAUCUGAAGCAAUACUCUCAGCUCACUGUGACCCUGAUCUGUCUGUAAAAAAGGCAGUGUUUAUGGCUCACACUGGAAUAAACUCUCAGAAAGAGAGAUGCAGUUUCAGUUAAACACGAGUCUCAUCUCAUCCUGACGCCAGUCACUGUCAGGGGUAUAGACCCUAUAUAUAUCCCCCUCCUUUGUUUAGACUUGUCAAUGCAGUGACUGGAGGAUAAAACCAAAUGCUUUUGAAUGUAUUUAGGAAAAUUCAUAUUUACACUCACCAAACAGGUCCAGAUCACUUAUACUGAGAUCACAUUCACACACAUCCUGAACAGCCUUACAAAUAUAGGACAGUGUCAACUCGAAGUGAAUAAUGAUUUUUAACACCGAUUGGUUUUCAGCAGCAAAAUUGUACAUUUUGGGUCUUUUUAAUGCCUUAUGCUAAUUCAACUGCUGUCACACCCUCAGUUAUUUCUAUUCUGUUCGCAUCAGACUGUGUACACGGUGUUUGUUUUCUUCAUGGCUGUUUUCUUACAUUGUGUGCUGUACAUAGACUGACAAUUAAAAUGAUAAAGCUAAUUUUUUUUUUCAUACAGUAUCC